AUGACUACACAGGAGUACAGCAGCACCAUGAAGCAGCAGCCGCUACGCUCCACCUCCAAAUAUUGCAUCAAUGCUGAGCGCCAGCUCAUUGAAGAAGCUGACAAUCAAUGUACACAGCAGGCAGCACUAUUCGCUGAGGCAGCCCUGGAGAUGGGGUCUAGCAUGGACACCACUGGGGAUACCUUCUAUGACCAUGACAACUCAUGCAAUAAUGCAACUCAAGACCCCGACAAUGAUGAUGACAACAGCAGCGGGGAUGAUGAUGAACCCAGAUGUGUACAUUUGGUGGAGGACAACCUCUUCUCAGCAUAUGUGCUGCUCCAUUUGAACAGCAGUUUCAAGAAACACUGUCAUGAUCAGCAGACACGUGCAAUACACCAUGCAAAUAUGUACCAUGUGUGGAACUUGCAGCUACCAAUACUUGCUGAUGCUUAUCUCCACUGGAAGCACAUUGAGUUCCAGCCAGUUCACGCCAUCACACAACACAAUGAAGAAGCUGCAAACACUGCACUGGUUCAUGUGGGCUUGCUUGGCUGUUCUCCUACUGUGCCAUCUGUUGCCAUCACCCUGCAGUGCCUAGAGUUCUAUCACCAGCUUCGAUGGCACCAAUCAUAUUUCAGCAUUCAAGCAUUCACCAAAGUCUUGUGCGCCUUACAUGAUGUCACUUAUGUCCCAACAUUCCAAGAACAAUUUUCUGACACAUUUGACAUCUAUCUCACCAUUCUUCAUGAGAUCCGAUCAUGUACGGACACUGCCCUUGGCCAGACCGAACUGAAUUGGCAUCUCUGUCACAGUUGUCCAGCAUGCACAUUCAAGCAACCUGAUGAACCAACAUUGUAUCUGGAAUCAUUGAAGGCCAUGGAUGGCAACAACUCAGCCAAGCGAAUGACAACCGCAGGCCACACAGACCAUUGCAAGUUUAUGAGUCACUACAUGAUCACGUCAGAAGACAUUGAUGCUUUCAAGGAUGACGUUCACUUACAUCCAGGCGAAUGGGGCACUGACAGUGACGCGAACAACCCUCUUGCAUGUACUGACAACUGGAAAGCAGCUAAUUCAACCAACAAGAACACUGUCAGUGUCUUUGAGCAGACAGGAAUCUUCCUAUCAGCGUGUCGACAUGGGAUGAUCCAAACAAUCACAGAGAUGCGACAUAGUGGUGAGCUUGUGAAGUAUCCCCUUGCUACUAUCAACAAAUUACUCGACAUUUUUGGACACAAUCAGGCCAUUGGUACCGACAUUGGUUGCAGUUUAGCAAAGACAGUCGCUGCAAGCUCAAUCCAUGACAAGGCUGCAGACCACCAAUUACUUCUUGCUGUCAAUGCUUUCCAUGGAUACGCACACAACCGCAAAUGUCAACUCCGACAUCAUCCCCUUUAUCUUGGUGGAUUUGGGCUCAAAGACUUAGAGACCUGCGAACAAAUCUUUGCAGGCUCUAAUGCUGCAGCAUCACUCAUACAGCACGUAUCACACUUCCAUUAUGUUCAAUAUCUCGACCUUCAUUUUGAUCAAUGGGACACUGACAAAUAUCUUGAACUCAGUCACUUCAUUUUCAAUAACUACCGACAAGUGCUUACAAUAAUCGCCGACGAUACAAAGGAGCUUGAAGUAUAUUGUAUAAUGUACCCUGACGAGGUACUAGACUUUGACUCUUGGAUUGACGAGGAACUUGCAUAUCUGCUUGCUGUGGGGUCAGAGCCUCAACAUGAUGCACUGACAGCUGAAUAUGUAGAUGCACUUGAGAAGCUGGCCAAGUAUGAGAAUGCUUUUAAUUCCUCCCACCAAGAUCAAUUUGUCUCGUACAAUCAGUUGUCAUUUACGCCAAACUCUGGCCUCAGCAUUUCUGCAGCACAGGCUACAAAACAGGGACAUGCAGCUUGCCGUGCUACUGAGCACCAACUGCAAGUCCAGAUCAAUGUUAUUGAAGAUCUUGAAGUUCGCCUUGGGGUAUCUGAACGUUGGACGCCGGAUCAUGAAGAAUAUGUCAAGGCUCUAGAGUAUAGCCAUCGCUGGCACUUUAUAUUUCGCUUGUUUGAACUAUUGAAAGCUAAUCUAGCAUUGACAGGGUAUAAACUCCAGAAACAAAUUUCUAAAGCUAUUGUGAAGCGUUCUAGUGCAAUCCACACCGCACUGGACAACGAGGUUGUAUCAUACGCAGUGCUUGGCGAGUUUGAUCUUCUCAAAUACUCACGACAUGAAAUACUCACCAAACCAUGGAUGAACCCCACUCACCAUGAGAUGGCAGUGAAACAUUUCAAGGUUCUCCAUGCUCGGGAGGAGAUUAUCAGGCUUAAUGUUGAAAUUUGCCGGUUGCAAGCAUGGGUUGUUACAGAGGAUGCUGAUAUGGAAUGA